UUUGAAAAUGAAGAAUCUCCGCGGCCAUCAUGUGCAAAGAUAACCAAUUUUGUCAUUUUGAUUGGUUGCUUACUAGCAGGUCCUACUUUGUAUACCUCAGUCCAUACUGGUUGGACUUCUCUAACCCUCUCUUCAAUCCUCCGUCUUCACACAAUGUCAACAACCAUCAUUCAGGUUCGGAAGGGAAGAACACUCUCCAAAUCUCACUCUCUCAAAUCCCCUCUGAUCAAGCUCGAAGAACAAGAAGAGACUCCAAUACUCGAUCUCGCAGAUAUCCCUCUGCCCCCUCCCUCGAAAGAACCGACCGAAGUUCUCAAGCUCGAUCAAGCAACACCUGAUAACCACGUUCCCCGCGAUCCUCGACUGAUCAGACUAACUGGCGUUCAUCCGUUCAACGUCGAGGCUCCUCUAACAGCUCUUUAUCAAGAAGGCUUUCUCACCUCACCCGAGCUCUUCUAUGUCAGGAAUCAUGGACCUGUACCCCAUGUCAGAGACGAAGAUAUUCCUACAUGGGAGAUUAGUAUUGAAGGACUAGUUGAGAAACCCCUCGUGCUCAGCUUCAAGCAAAUCCUACAGAACUAUGAUCAAAUAACCGCACCCAUUACAUUGGUUUGUGCAGGCAAUCGACGCAAAGAACAAAACACCCUACGGAAAUCAAAGGGGUUCUCAUGGGGUCCAGCUGGAUUGUCAACUGCUCUCUGGACAGGUCCCAUGAUGGCAGAUGUAAUAAGGAGUGCUAAACCCCUAAGAAACGCUAAGUAUGUCUGUAUGGAGGGAGCGGAUAAGUUGCCCAAUGGUUACUACGGGACGUCUGUCAAACUGAACUGGGUAAUGGAUCCCAACAGGGGAAUUAUGCUGGCUCAUAAGAUGAACGGGGAAUCCUUACGACCAGACCAUGGCCGUCCUCUAAGGGCCGUUGUCCCUGGUCAGAUCGGAGGUCGGAGUGUGAAGUGGUUAAAAAAGCUCAUUGUUACCGAUGCACCCAGCGAUAACUGGUACCAUAUUUACGAUAACCGAGUUCUACCAACAAUGGUCACGCCCGAUAUGUCUUCACAGGAACCUGGCUGGUGGCGGGACGAACGAUAUGCCAUCUAUGAUUUGAACGUCAACUCCGCCGCUGCCUACCCCCAACAUAAAGAAGUGCUUGAGCUUGCCUCUGCCGGACCCGUUUACCAUGCCAAAGGAUACGCCUAUGCCGGAGGUGGUCGGAGAAUCACCCGAGUUGAGAUCUCCCUAGACAAAGGCAAAUCAUGGCGCUUAGCACACAUCGACUACGCCGAGGACAAGUACCGAGAUUUUGAAGGUUCCUUAUACGGCGGCCGAGUCGACCUGUCCUGGCGUGAAACUUGCUUCUGCUGGUGCUUCUGGUCCCUUGAGAUCCCCCUCCCCGAACUUGAAAACAGUGACGCUCUUCUUGUCCGAGCAAUGGAUGAAGCACUGAGUGUCCAGCCAAGAGAUAUGUACUGGUCCGUCUUGGGAAUGAUGAACAACCCCUGGUUCCGGGUCACAAUCACCAAAGAAAACGGGACGCUCCUUUUCGAACACCCGACUGAUCCUACAGGUCCCGGAGGAUGGAUGGAACGGGUCAAGAAGGCCGGAGGGGAUCUGGCGAACGGUAACUGGGGCGAGAGACACGCGGGCGAGGAGCCUGUAGAGCCUGAGCCGGUGCAAGAAAUCAACAUGAAGAAAGAGGGCGUGAACCGGACGAUUGACCUCCAGGAAUUCAAGACCAACUCUACAAACGAGACGCCCUGGUUCAUAAUCAACGGCGAGGUCUAUGACGGCACGGGCUUCCUCGAGGGCCAUCCUGGCGGAGCCCAGAGUAUUAUUUCAUCAACAGGGACAGACGUAUCUGAAGAAUUUCUCGCCAUUCACAGCGAAACGGCCAAAAAAAUGAUGCCAGACUAUCACAUUGGCACCAUGGACAAAGCAUCCCUGUUAGCCCUCCAAGCCGGGUCGGAUACCAGCAACAGCAACAGCAACAGCAACAGCAACAGCAACAGCAACAGCAACAGCAACAGCAACAACGAACCCCGAGCUACCUUCCUCGCCCCUCGUUCCUGGACAAAAGCGACGCUGAGCAAGAAAACCACCGUAUCAUGGGACACGCGCAUCUUCAGCAUCUCCCUAGAACACGCCGAGCAAAAGCUGGGCCUCCCCACGGGCCAACACGUAAUGCUAAAGAUCCGCGACCCCAGCACCAACGACGCCAUCAUCCGCUCCUACACACCUAUCUCGGCGACAUCGCAACGCGGCGUCGUGGACAUCCUGAUAAAAAUCUACUUCGACACUCCCUCGGCGCCGGGAGGCAGAAUGACCACCGCGCUGGACAAACUGCCGCUGGGCGCGCUGAUCGAAUGCAAAGGGCCCACGGGCCGAUUCGAGUAUCUCGGCAAGGGCCGAGUGCUAGUGAGCGGGAAGGAGCGCGUGGUGCGGACGCUCGUGAUGAUCUGCGGCGGGACGGGAAUCACGCCUGUAUUCCAGGUUCUGCGGGCCGUGAUGCAAGACCCAGAAGACGAGACUAGGUGUGUUUUACUCAAUGGGAAUCGCCAGGAGCGGGAUAUAUUGUGCCGGGAUGAGCUGGAUGCUUUCGACGCGGUGUUGGCGACGACGGGGGCGCACAAGAAAUGUCGGACGGUGCAUACGCUCAGCAAGGCUUCGGAGCAUUGGACUGGGCGGCGAGGACGCGUAGAUGAAGCUCUGAUUAGAGAGUAUGCAGUUCCUGACGACGAGUCGAUGGUGUUGGUUUGUGGUCCGGAGGCGAUGGAGAAGUCGUCCAAGAAGAUCCUGUUGUCGAUUGGGUGGACGGAAUCAAACCUUCAUUAUUUCUAAGGCUCAUGGGGAUGGAAAUAUAGCAGCAGCACUGGACUGGACUGGUAUACAGUGCAUUCCUUUGUUAGGGCAUGAGAUUUUCUUUCGACCUGGUCUGUAUAUAUACAAACAAUCCCGACGCUAAACUCUGUGAAACUGGGGGAAGAUGUGUAUAGAUCGCGCUUUCUUGAUCCAGGUAUUUAUGAAGUCUUUGGAUUUGUACUGUACAUUGCUGCAUAGAGCAGUUGGCGGUCCAAACAGCCAUCUCUAUGUUAAAUUUAACUAGAUUAUGGACAAUGAAGAUAGAGUUAGGCGUCAGCAGUUAAUAAUAUCUCUUCAUAUCCAAGCGCAC